CCCGCGCCCGGGCGGCUGCUCCCUGCUGACUGGGGUGUGGGCGGGGAGCGGCGGAGGGAGGAGGCAGAGCCGGCCGCUGCAGUUUGCCGCCGCUGCUCGGCGCCUAGGCAGAGCUCCCCGGGGUUCGUGCGGCCGCCAUGGACGAGCAGGCGGGGCCCGGCGUCUUCUUCAACAACCACCCGGGAGCUGGCGGUGCUAAGGGGCUCGGGCCUCUGGCGGAGGCUGCAGCGGCCGGAGACGGGGCGGCUGCGGCGGGGGCGGCCCGAGCUCAGUACAGCCUCCCAGGGAUCUUGCACUUCCUGCAGCACGAAUGGGCCCGCUUCGAGGUGGAGAGAGCCCAGUGGGAGGUGGAGCGGGCGGAGCUGCAGGCUCAGAUCGCUUUCCUUCAGGGGGAGAGGAAAGGUCAAGAAAAUUUGAAGAAAGACCUUGUGAGGAGGAUCAAAAUGCUGGAAUAUGCUCUGAAGCAGGAAAGAGCCAAAUACCACAAGUUGAAAUAUGGGACAGAACUGAAUCAGGGAGACAUGAAGCCUCCAAGCUAUGAUUCUGAUGAAGGUAAUGAAACAGAGGUGCAGCCACAGCAAAAUAGUCAGUUAAUGUGGAAACAAGGCCGGCAGCUACUUAGACAGUAUCUCCAGGAGGUCGGCUACACUGAUACUAUUCUAGAUGUGAAGUCCAAGCGUGUGAGGGCAUUGUUGGGCUUUUCAAGUGAUGUCACUGACAGGGAGGAUGACAAAAACCAGGACUCGGUGAUAAAUGGCACAGAGGCUGAAGUUAAAGAGACAGCAAUGAUUGGAAAAUCCGAGUUAACAGAUUCUGCCUCCGUGCUGGACAAUUUCAAAUUCCUUGAAAAUGCAGCUGCAGAUUUCAGUGAUGAAGACGAGGAUGAGGACAUUGAUGGAAGAGAGAAGAGUAUCGUUGAUACUUCCACCAUUGUUAGGAAAAAAGCAUUGCCUGAUACCAGUGAAGACCGAGACACAAAAGAAGCUCUGAAGGAGUUUGACUUUCUUGUCACAUCAGAGGAAGGAGACAACGAGUCUAGAAGUGCAGGCGAUGGAACGGACUGGGAAAAGGAAGAUCAGUGUCUCACGCCUGAAGCCUGGAAUGUGGACCAGGGAGUGAUCUCCAAACUGAAGGAGCAGUACAAAAAGGAGAGGAAGGGGAAGAAGGGAGUGAAGAGAAAAACUACCGAAGAUCUGUUUCAGCCUCUAUCCUAUAUAAAACAGUCAAAACAGGGAUGUGGGAGAAUGAAGAAUCAAAGCCCAGGGCCCAAUAGGUCAAAGCUACAAGAUAUGCUUGCUAAUUUGAGAGACGUUGAUGAACUUCCCUCCUUGCAGCCAUCUGUUGGUUCGCCUUCCAGACCCAGCAGCUCCCGACUUCCCGAGCAGGAGAUCAGUAGGGCAGAUGAAGUGGAAGCACUGACGUUUCCUCCGUCUUCUGGAAAGUCGUUUAUCAUGGGAGCAGAUGAAGCCCUUGAAAGUGAGCUGGGGCUUGGAGAAUUAGCAGGCCUGACAGUGGCCAAUGAAGCAGACUCACUAGCUUAUGAUAUAGCGAAUAACAAAGAUGCCUUGAGGAAGACAUGGAACCCUAAGUUCACAUUAAGGAGUCACUUUGAUGGCAUCCGAGCCCUUGCCUUCCACCCCAUUGAGCCUGUGUUAAUAACAGCAUCAGAGGACCAUACGCUGAAACUGUGGAAUCUGCAGAAAACAGCCCCAGCCAAAAAGAGUACUUCUCUAGAUGUGGAGCCUAUCUAUACAUUCAGGGCUCACAAAGGUCCAGUGCUGUGUGUGGUAAUGAGUAGCAAUGGUGAGCAGUGCUACAGCGGCGGUACUGAUGGACUCAUCCAGAGCUGGAGCACCACCAAUCCCAAUGUCGACCCCUAUGAUUCUUAUGAUCCUUCAGUUCUAAGAGGCCCUCUGCUGGGCCACACGGACGCAGUGUGGGGGCUGGCCUACAGUGCGGCACACCAGCGCUUGUUGUCCUGUUCAGCAGACGGCACUCUGCGCUUAUGGAAUACAACGGAGGUUGCUCCAGCACUGAGUGUGUUUAAUGAUAACCAAGAACUGGGAAUCCCUGCUUCUGUGGAUCUGGUGAGCAGUGACCCGAGCCAUAUGGUAGCGUCGUUCAGCAAGGGAUAUACAAGCAUCUUCAACAUGGAAACACAGCAGCGGAUUCUCACAUUAGAAUCCAAUGUCGAUUCAACAACCAGUUCUUCCUGCCAAAUAAACAGAGUUAUCAGUCAUCCCACCCUCCCAAUCAGCAUCACCGCUCAUGAAGACAGGCACAUCAAAUUCUACGAUAACAAUACAGGCAAGCUGAUCCACUCAAUGGUGGCCCACCUGGAAGCUGUUACAAGUUUGGCAGUUGAUCCAAAUGGCCUGUACUUGAUGUCUGGCAGUCAUGACUGUUCAAUACGCUUGUGGAAUUUAGAAAGUAAGACGUGUAUCCAGGAGUUCACAGCUCAUCGGAAAAAAUUUGAAGAAUCAAUCCACGAUGUAGCAUUCCACCCUUCCAAAUGCUAUAUAGCCAGUGCUGGAGCCGACGCCCUGGCCAAGGUCUUCGUAUGAUGUGGCACAUCAGCUUCACUUCAUAGCUCUUUAUCAGAGUCAACUGCACAACAGAGAUAUGGAAGACCAGGGCAAGAACCAGCUCGCCUGCCCUUUUGUUCUGCUGAGGGAGCACAGAGAACUCUGUUAAAAGUAUAGUUUUGCAAUUCGCAUACUGUUUUCUAAAAUUAAGGUUUGUUCGGGUUGCUGCAAGCUCAGCCGAACCUGUGAGCCUGAAAUUUUGAGAUUUCCCCCCAAAGAGGCACUUUUAUUUCUGAAGUUGUUCUCAUUCGCUAGGCAGGCCUGAGCGGAACAGGUUUAGCUUCUCCCUUUUGAGUAACAGGGCAUGCUGUCAUGGGUAAUUAGAGUUGAAUGCCGAGGAUGGGGAGAGUGGAAACCUAACAGUACUUCACCCUAAGCUGUCUGCUAACCAUGCUAGGCAGCCAGCUGUAUCUCCUCCACUACGCCAGUCAGUGUUCACGUGAGUUCCUCCCUCAGCUGCCCCUCAGCCGUUCUCAUAAAGCACAUGGCAAAGCAUUUCACCUGUCAGGAGGAAAAGAUGCAAUAAUAUGUUAAGUAUAUUACUAUUCAGAAAUGCUAAAUAAAUUAAUUUGCAAGCAGAUUUCUAUAUCGUAUUACAAUUUUGAAAGUAGAUGUGGAGCCAUUCUAAAGUUUAGCUGUGAAGCACAUACAGUCAAGAAUGGUUAAUAGAGUCUGCUUUUACUAAAGGUUUUUAACUCAUCCAGGUUUGAGAUCCUGUUUAUUUUUAAGGGCAAACAGGGCAUAUUUCUAUAAUUUGUCUAAAAAUUCACCUCAUUAAUGUGGCAUUUAUAGUACUAGAGUGAUCAUUUCAUAUUGAUAAACUUACUUCCUGGCAACUCUGAAAAAGGAGAAAACUAUUUGUUAACAUCCAUUUCCCAACACCCAUAUAACUGGUUCAAGUGAUUCUUGCUGUUUCUUCCCUGCCUUUCACAGUCAUGUUGUCCUGAUGCUUACCAUGAACAGUUUAUAAUUAGUAUGUCAUGUGGUCCAAAGCAUGUGGUCACCUCAGGCAACUGCUUUUGCAGCCGUGCCUAAUAAAGCACUGCACCCCAGAAGGUCCUCUACUAGUGUCUCGAGAAAACUCUGUACAGAGAUCUAGAUGGAGACAUUAGUGCCUGCGAUGUCUCCCUUCUUCCCAUUAUUUAAUUGGAACACACAUUUUAAUGAGCAGUUGAUCAAUACUGUAUGUAGAGAAAACCAUGUCCUAAAGUGCUAGCUCUCGCACUUAUCUACGUGGUCAGCUUUUGGGGUCUCAGAAGCCUGCUGGUGUACCUAGGGCAGUCUUCACACCCUUCACACCCUCUCUGCUUCUGUCCUAAAUGACAGAGAUCAGUACAAAUAUUAAAUUCAAAUCAGUCUCCACCUUUUUACCAAAUGUGUACAUCAUAGGCUCUCUGUCUUAAAAAUAUUAUACCCAUAGAUAUUAUGACCUAUUAAAUAAUUCUAUUGCUAUAGCUGUAGCUUUUCUGGUGAUCUGUUCUUUGAAGUAGUAUUCUCAUGGUGAUGUGGCUAAUAAUUGACUUCUUAAAAAUUUCUGCUCAUCUGUCUUUAGAAUUCUCCAGUGCAGGCAAACUUUUAUUACAACAUUAAAACUCAUGUUGAAUUUCCCUGAUUAUUAUAUAGACAGACAUGCACAUUUAACACAACUAGAGUUUAUCUUUGUGCUUUGGUUAACAAGCGGGCUUAAGAGAUUGAUUGGCAUAUGCAAGUAAAUUGAGUUACACAUAACUACCAAGUAAAUGCCCACAUUUUCCUGUGGAGUUUUAUGUUGUAUAAAAUGAACAGAAGGAUGUGUUAACUUAAGGUUUGUAGAAUCUUAGAUUCCAGUCAGAAGUGGCAUGUUCCUGGUGCCUGAGCACAGAUACUGCUUCAGUUGCUUCCCAGUGUGUGUCUCCUCCUGUCACCGACACUCCAGAACCCAGGAGAGUCUGCCCUGUUCAUGCUGUGCCUCGUGACUGAAGUGCUCCUGUUAAUGGGUGGGAACAAUCCUAAGAUAGGCAAAAUGUAAUACAAAUGACAGAACUGUUGAAAGGCUUUUAGGAAGUGUGCACAAUGUGCCAUUGAAGACUGCACAUAAAAAGAGAUUUCUUCUAAGCUAGCCCUGCUUGCUGUCAUCCUCAAAAUGAGCCAAAGCUGUCUUCCAGCUGGAUGGUAGCAAGCGUAUGUGUUUGACUUUCCCCAUCCUAUUGAGAAUGGACAAGAUGAACAGUUUUGAGAUUCAAAACGCUUGAAAUACUUCCAUGAUUAUUUACUAGAUUGUGAAUGUUCUGAGUGAGCUGUUCUGGAAUAAUCUGAAACUCAGCGGUAGGCCAGGUCCCUGCCUUAUUUCAGUCUCUCCGGGAGCUCACAGUCCUCCAAAUGCAGCUGUCCCUCGGAGCCCAUUCGUUACUCAAACCGUAGACAAACAAGUGAUGCAAUGACCUUCAGUAUUUUUCUAUUGAACAAAGUUAUCAAUUUUUGCCAUUAAACAGAUAAUUAGUUAUGCAAAGUAUUUAGCUUUUGUAAUCAUUUAGUUGUAACUAAAAGGGGGAAAUUGAACUGUAUCACUGAUAAUGAACUUUGUGAAAAAUUAUUUAUCUGACUUCCAUUCCUUCAGUAUUCUUGCUAUAAAUUUCUUUUGGAGAUAAUGAUUCUUUAUUUGAAAAAUGUCUAAAAUGUAUGUAUAUUUUAUAAAUAUAUAUUAUAUAUAUUAUAGGGAUAUAUAUAAUAUAUAGACUAUAUCUAUCUAUCUAUCUAAACCAUGGGUGCAUUUUACUGUUUUGUCUUCACUUUGGGAAGUAGUACACUCAUAAGUUGAUGAGUCUGACGAAUGUUGUGCUGUUGGCUUUUACAGUAUAAUAUAUAGUUCCAAGUGUUUAAAUACUGUAUAUACUAUAUUCACUAUAGGCUAGCAUGCUUGUUUUGAAGACUGUCAUUCUAGUUUAUUAAAAUCUGAAUGUAAGAAAACCUGGCUAUUCAAAUGUGAAUUGAAAAAAUUCCAUUCUCAGAACUGAACUAUUUCCAUUGAACAUUUCAAGCUUUUUGACAAAAUGUCAUCGAGAAGGCAAUAGCUAGAAAGUGAGAGGUGCCUUUAAAAAAAAACCUACAAAUGCAGCCUUACAGUGAGGGUGAAGAUUGAGUCUAUGUCGGGUGGGAGGGGGAAGAAGAGAGUGAGAGAGAUAAUGUGCAUGCGUGCGUGUGCGUGUGUAUGAAGAUCCUGAUUUGUGAUUGUCAGAGUUGUAUAAUGUACCUGUUCACCUUCCAGGACUUGAGGGGGCAUUUCCGCAUAGGCGUGCGUGCUCCUCAGAGCACUGUAUAUGCUUUCCAAGAGUUUUGAAUGUGAACUCCUAGAAAAUUCAGUAAAGAAUAAAUAGCUGUUUUUUUUUUUUUUUUAAUUAAAAUCAGUUUCAGGUAACAAAUUAUUGGCUCCCAAGAAAUACGGGAUUCUUGUGAUGUUGUAAUUUUGUGCUUCACGUGCUUUCCUAUUCACAAGGGUGUGGCAUAAAGUCCUUAGAUGAUGAGGAUUGAACCAGGAAACGUGCUUUUCGAUGAAACACUUGAACUAACUGAACUCCACCUAACAGUAGUCUUGCAGAAUUGAAAUGGCCUCUCUCAUAUCUACCUCACUGUCAUUGCCGCCAUUCUAAGUAGAACAGCCCUGCCUGGCAUUCAAGAUGAUGGUGGAUGCAACUUAAACAUCUGUUGGUGCUCUCCUCAGGCUUGGUCAUUUCCGCUUACGUCACAAGCAGCCUGUAACACGUAGGGUUAGUUUUAGGUUUUUUGUUUUGUUUUUUGUUUUUUUGCUUGUUUAUGUAUUUGCUUUGUUUUCCUAAGGAUGGCUUUAAAUACCAUCAGUGUUCCUUUUUGGAGGGAGUUGGUCCCCAGUUGUUAUAUCUAUGUGAUAUUUUUAACCAAGAAUCAAAUUGUUACUGAAUUUACCUGAAACUCCAGGCAUAGUGGCACACUCUUACAUAAUCCUACUACUUGAGAGAUGAAGGCAAGAGAAUCACAAGUUCAAGGUCACCCUCAGCUGUAUAGGGAGUUCAAGGCCAGCCUGGGCUACAUACAUGAGCCCUUGUCUCAGUACAACAAACAACAAAACGUUUGCCUGGAAAGAAGAGUAGAAUUUCAUUUGGCUCCCUAUAUUCUUUGAAAGUAUUUUAAUAUUCGCUUUACUGACUUAGAAAAUGCCUCUGUAAGGAUGUUACUACUUUGUUUAUAUUGCAAUACUUAGAAUGUUUGACACUGGGAUACUGUUGGCAUAAAAGUAGUAUCUGAUGGAGCAUGUGUGUGUGUAUGUAAGAGAGAGAGAGAGAGUGUGUGCGAGCGCAAAAUGUAUUAUUUCUUAAAGUCCAUUUCAGUGGAAGGUCAGAAAAUGGGAAUAUCUCUGUUUAGCAGGUAAACAGUUUGAAUCAGUUUUGCAUUUGCCUCUGAAAGCUUUGUAAUUGUCCAUAUCAGGCAUGCAGUUAGGUCUCCUUGUCCAUGGAAGAGACUCCACAUUGACCAAGUAUUUAACAGAGCCUUUACAUCAGUUUCAUUGUUUCGUGUUUAAUUUUGAAAAGGUUAGGUUAGACCAAAGGAGAUCCUUCGAUCCCACUCUUCAUUCUAACAGUGUUUCUGAAGUGGUGCUGAGGAUUUUUUUUCUGGAUUUUUCUGGAUCUUGGCUAGUCAAGCUUUAGAUUUCAUUUACUUGGGACCACAUGCUCAUCAUCCCUCUGGUGCAAAUUAGGAAGUUCAUGUUAAUUUAGAUUAACUUUAAUGUCUGCCUGGGUUUUUACCAGGCUGUGAACCAGUGAGUGCCUUGUUAGUAUGGAAUGAUUUUACCUGUUGUGCGUCAGGUCUCUCUGAGAGGGUCUCAGAGGCUGCGCUCUGAGUUGACUGGCAAGCUGCCGAGAUUUCACAAUGCAGCAUUCAGAAGUCCUUGGUCUGCCAUGUCCGCUCUCCCUGCUUUCUCUUCAUUGUUUGGCUGGUGUUGGCCCCUUGUGAGAAAACAAACAGAGCCCCCUCCACCCUUUUUUUUUAUUCCCACUUAAGGAGUGUUCCCCAUUCCCACCCCAGCUAUACGAUCCAAUGCCUGUUUUAGGAAGAACCACUUCUUUGUAAUACGAAAAUCUACCACUUACUUUAUGUCUUCUCAAUAUCAGUUUACUGGAGUGGGUCUCAGGGUAUCAUCAGUGCAGAUUCCUAAAUAACCCUUUUCUCUUCAAUCCAAACCCCAGCUGAUGAGCCCUGGGCCAGAUUGUUUGAUAUUCAGGUAUAUUAAACUUUAGUUAUAAUAUCAAUUAAUGUAAAUCCAAAUUCGUAUUUGUGUGGUGCAAGAAGUUUCUUUUGUAAAUUCAGGGUAUGGAUAAGCUAAUAAUGAUAACUGGUUUUGGUGGCUCUAAGUGUAUUAUUUGUUUUUAAAUAAAGUGUACAAAUAUAGUUAA